AUGGAUGAACCAAAAAUUAUAGCUCUUAUGGAAUACCUUUCGUCAAGUGACAGUGAAGAAGAUAUUGAAAUCAUUGAACACAUAUUAUCAAAAAAAAAAAAUAUAAUUCCGAAGAUAAAUAAUUAUAUAACGGAUGUUGUUCAUGCGUAUACAGAUCCACAGUUUAAAGGCAGCUUUCGAAUGGAGAGUGAUCCUACCAUCACAUCUGAAAAUCAUAUUCUCUCAUUUAUAUGGUUUUCAGCAAAUAAAUGUAGCUUACGUGAUGUUUCUGAAAGAUUUGGAAUUGGAUUAACUACUCAGUUCCGAAUAAACAACCGAGUUAUGGACUUUCUUGUUAGUAUUUCAUCUAAAUUUAUUAACUUCAAUGAGGGAAGCGUUGGUUUAUCACAAGAGUUUCAAAAAGUGUCUGGGAUGCCUGGAGUUAUAGGUUGUAUUGAUGGGUCAUCAAUACCAAUACGGACUCCAGCUCAUAAAAUAAAAAGCACAUAUACCAAUAGACAUGAUAUACCUUCAAUAACUCUACAAGCCAUAUGUGAUUAUAAGAAAAGGUUUAUUGAUGUUUUUACGGGUGCACCUGGAAAAAUACAUGACGCAAGAGUAUUUGCUCUCUCUGAUAUCAGCAAAGAGCUGCCUUCAAUGUGUGGAACAAAAUACCAUAUCAUUGGAGAUGGAGCUUACAGUAUUCGAGAAUGGUUAUUAGUGCCUUACAAAAAUUAUGGGAACUUCACUGAAUCACAAAUUAUUUUUAACAAAACAUUUUGUGCCACUAGAGUUCUAAUUGAAAACACUUUUGAUAAAAUAACAAAAUUUAUAAUUUCAUGCUGUGUACUACACAAUAUGUGCAUAAAUAUGAAUGAUGAAAUUGAACUGGAUAAUGAAAUUGGACCAUCUACAGAUCCAGAAAAUGAUUUUAUUGAUUCUGAUUUUAACCAGAGAAAAAAUGGAGAAUCAAAAAGAGAUGCUAUUAAAAAUUCUCUUCAAUAUUUUUAA